AUCAGAUAUGAAAACACUGCAAUCAGAGAUGGAAAUGAUAAGCGAGGAACAAAGAGGCAAGGCAGGGAAAAGGUCAUAUGGGAAUCAAGGCAGGAAGAACUUUCCAUUUUCGAGCAGGGAAACCAGCAGUCUCGGCCGCUGCAAACAAAUUAACGGGAGCAGCCCCAAAGUCGUUGGAAAGAAGCUGUGCCUCCAAUCCAGGCCGCAGCAGGUUAAGCUGACGAAAACCGAUUUGGUAAAGCUGAAAGUGCAAAUGAGGGACUCGGCUGAGUCGCUAAUGGCAGCACAAAAAGCAGCUAAUCUGACCGAGGCAGAAUUUGCGCAGAUGAUUAUGAGAAGGAAUGAGGUGAUGGAUAUCCUGCUUACGGGAAUGAAUGAGCUUCUGAAAAUGAAGGAAAUUGAAGCUUUUCUGAUGCUCAAGCUGGGUCUCCUUUGAAUCGGAGAAUAAGUGAAUGACCUUAUUUGGAAUGCAGUUAAUAAGUGCCGCAGUGCUAGAGGCUUGAGAGUUGGGUUGUAUGAAGUUUAUGUUUGCUUUGUUGCAGUAUAUGGACCAUGGGACCGCGUGUGCUUUGUUUCAAUUUUAAAACUUAAACGAGCUUUGACUAAUAUGUACAGGGACUCGAAGCUCCAAACCUAGAAUUUUUAUGCCAUCUAAAAGUCUUUGGUUAAUAUGUUCAA